AUGGCAUCAACAAUCACUGAAGCUCAAGCGGAGCUGAUUCAGUCUCUUUCUCCCGACGACAUUCCCAUCAAGCUGCGAUGUGCGAUCUGCAGUAAACUCGCGGUCAACGCCUACCGUCUGCCCUGUUGCGAGCAAGCAAUUUGCGAAUCAUGUCAAUCCAAUCUACCCGCGUCAUGUCCCGUUUGUGAGCAUUCGCCCUUGUCGGCCGAGGAUUGCAAUCCGAACAAGUCACUACGAACCACGAUCAGAGUCUUUUUGCGCACUGCGGAGAAGAAGCGUGAAGCGAGUCGAUCUAAGGAAGACAAAGAUUCGGAACCUGCGACACCGGUCGAGGCACCGAAGCAGACUCUUCCAGCCUCAGGGACGCCUGUCGUUGAGACGCCUACAGGAGAAACUCUAGGAGUGGACGCAGUACAAGAACAGCCUGAUGGCGCCGACAAUACCGACGAUGGCGCUCCAGCCCAGCCCUUUGACCAGGCGAUUGUUGCUCAUCAUGAGGUUUGCGCGGUCGAAGCUCCCCAGCAGGACGAGGCAAGUGACGCCCAGAAUGCACCUCCCCCCGAAGGCACUGCAGAGGCACCGACCACCGAGAACCCCAACGAGCAGACCCUUGCGAAUCAAGACACCGAAGCCAACGGCGAAGGCGACGACGACCAAGAACAACAAGAAGGCGACGACGAAGACGGUGACGAUCAAGAGAAGCCCGAGUCCGAGUCUAUGGAUGACAAUGUCCCACACGGCGGGUUUUCGGGAUCUGGGGAUUUCAACCAGAUGCAAAUGAUGAUGGCUAUGCAGAACGGUAUGGCGCCGAACUCUUUCGGUAGCUUCCCUAUGAUGGGUAUGCCAGGCAUGGGCAUGGACCCGAUGACGAUGCAGAACAUGUACAUGAACGGUGGCUUUCAAGGCAUGGGCAUGAACGGCAUGGGUGGCUUUGGAGGUGGAUUUGGCCAAGGCUCCAAUAAUAACUGGAACGGUUCUCAGUCAUGGAAUUUCGACCAGAAUAAUUACAAUCAAAAUGGUCCUGGCAUGGGAACUGGUGAUUAUGGAAGCUUUAACUCAGGAUUCCAGACAGGAUACAAUCAAGGUAAUUAUGGUCAAUUCAAUGACUAUCGCCGCAACAAUUUCGGACGUGGUCGUGGCCGCGGCCGAGGUUUCUACGGAGGCUACGGUCGCGGAGGCUAUCAGUUCGGAGGCAACGCCAACUAUCAGGACCAGGGCCAGUUCUCUCAGUACGGAUCGGACCAGAAUGGCCAGAGCAGUAUCGACCAUGGCGAAGGCCAGCAAGUUGACGAGAAUGGCCAGGCUAUUCAAGGAGACGUUGCUGAAGGAGCCGACGAGGCUAAAACCUCGAGUGCCGGACAAAUUGACGGGCCCGGUGAGACCAUAGGCAACGAGGCUGCUGGUGAUGCUUCCUCACUAACCCCUAGUAUUGGAUCUGGAGCCUUUGUCCAGAGCAACGUUACCGGAGCUGCUCGUCCAGUUACAGCUCCAGAUGUUCCCCUGAAUGCUCCUACAGGUCCUAAAGCUAUGAGACAGGGACUCCCUAACACCAGUCUUCAUCAUCUCCGAGCACGUGGAUAUCAUGUGGGAAGUGAAGUCCCUCCUGCUAAACCAACUCUUCCAAUAAGGGACAACCCAGCUGAGCAAGGCCGAUCCAGGAGUACUUCUCGAGCCCCCAGCCGUGCCGAUGUUGGUGAAAAGGAUAAGGACCGUGGUUCCCAUCGUGAGCAAAGCAAAGUGCGAUCUCGCGACCAUGACCGCGAGCAAGAUCGAACAGGAUCAGCAUCUCGAACCGUCAGCAGGAGUCGUAGUCGGAGCAGGGGGCAUAAAAGUUCCCGUCGACGUAGACGCCAUCGUUCAGAGUCGGUCGAGGAUGAUGGCUACGACGAUGAUUCGCGACGCAAGCCGCAUAGGAGUCGCCGUCACUAUGAUGAAGACACAUCGCGCUCCAAGGAAAAGGAAAAGGAAAAGGACAAGGACAAGGACAAGUACACAGACAAAGACAAGGAUGAGAAACACGCCGAUCGUGACCGUUCAGCAUCGCCAGCCGAGUCCAAACGAUCCAGCCACCGCAGCCGCCGAGAUAGAGACUCGGACAAGCGGAGAGACCGGGACAAGGACAAGGAUAAAGACGAACAUCGUAGUGAUGAUCGCAAAAAGUCUAGUCACCGCUCCUCGCAUCGAGAUAGAGACUACGACCGCGAGCGACGCCGGGAAAAAGAUAGAGAUCGCAGCGACAAAGACCGUAAGGACCGCAAAGAUCGACAUCGGGACCGGGAUCGGGAUAGGGAUAGGGACCGACGUGAUCGCGACCGAGAUCGUGAUAGAGCGAAGGACAAAGAUCGCGACAGAGACCGCGAUUCAAGAUAUAGCAGCAGACAUCAGUCCAUUGAUGCCGGGGCUACAUCUAAUGAUAGGGACUCCAAGCCUGCCUCUGGUUCUCGCAGUCAUGACACGAAAACCAACUCUUCAAGCCGAACUGAAAGCUCAAGCAAGGACCCUCACACACUCGAGCGUGAAGCCCGUAAUCGCGAGCGUCUGCUUAAAGAAGCGCAACGUAUCGCUAGUAUAACGGGGUGGAAGCGCAAUCGCGGCGACGACGGCGAUGAUGCAAGUUCAGGCUCACGCAAAGGCCGCAGGACCGCAUCUGCAACAUCUGCUGCUGCAUCUCGGCGAAGCGAGGCCGUCAGUGGCGGUAACGAGGAAGAGAGGAUGCGAAGGCUUGAGGCAGAAAGGGAGGGUGAUCGAUGGGGUUAG